AUGAGUCAACAAGAGAUUAAAUCAUUCGUUCAAAGUCUAUUCCUUUAUUAUUAUGAGAAGCCUGGUGAUACACAACACUUGGAUAUUGCUACAAACUUGAUAUUGGCUGGUCAUCUAUCAUUUGAUACGGCACCUCUGUAUAUUGAAUCACUCUAUGUCACAUUCCCAUCAAUCUACUCUCUAAAGAACAGGACACCCGAACACAUCCUACAAAAGUACAAACAGCAACAGAAUCAACUGCCGCCACACAUUCAACUACAGAUACAACAACAUCAUUCUAUUCAAUCUGGUGGUCAACAUCCUCAACAGCCUCAGCCUCAACCUCAACAACACAAGAUAACACCAACGACAUCACCUUUGAAACAAACAACACCAACAUCAUCAUCAACAACCGCACAACGAUUUAGAUAUUACGAUGAGGAUAAACAUCAGUUUGAUAAGGAGGCGAUUAGGACAAACAUUACGAAUGACACGGCGAGACAGUUUGUUAAUGAGCUGUACACGGUGUUGAUUGGACGUCUGGGCGACCCAGCCUCCACAAACUAUCUGGUCACAUCUCUGUUGGACGGCUCACUCACUCCACAGCAGGCAGAGUUCCACGUUCGUUUCUCAAAGGAGGCUAAGCAACACGCAGUCGUAUUGAAACAACGAGAGGACAAGCGAGCCAAAGCCGAGGAGUAUGUAUUUGAGCUGUACAGAGUCUAUUGUGGUGAGGACUACAUCUGCUCAGCGGAGGAGGUGUUGGGCUUUGUCAAGCGCAUCCUAGACACACCCAACGUCGACUAUCAAGCUAUUGAAGAUGAGAUCAAGCUAAAGGCCAUUGGCAAUGUCAAGGUACCAGGCAACAAACCAUUCAACAAAUACCUAUAA